ACUCCUUAUUAUUUUGUUGGUUAGUUUUCUAAAAAUUCUUUUUAUGGUCAGUCGUAAAAACAAAAAAGAACAGUGUUUUGAAGACAAAAGGGAGUGUUUUGGGAUGUGUAGUUAAGUGAAAAUAGUAAUAAAAUGUUCUGUAGAGUAUGUGGAAGUGUGAUAUCCGAAGAGGCCAUGGCAUCAAAAAAAAAAUAAGUUUAAGGCUCAUCACCGGAGUUGAUGCCGACUAUUAUGGGCGCAUUCGACGCCAUAAUAGGAAGCAGCAAUAGAGAAAACGAAGCAGACUUGGACCUCAAGACGAGCACACCCAGACGCAGCCACCAGCUCAGCAAUUUCGCCAAUCUAUCACCUUACGUACAAAAAGUAUUAUCCAACGUUCCCGAGCAAGAGAUCAGCAAGAAGUUUUCUUCGGAAGAGACUUUAGGAUCAAGAAGGUUCCACUCGAGUCGUAAUUAUAGAUCGUUUAGGUCUCCGGAUAAAUACAUGAACAAGUCCAACGAGAACUUGGAGAUCAUAUCCACCAACGUCCAGAAGAUGUUGUCCAAUCUUCCGGAUACGGAGCUGGUCAUCAGCGCCAGCAAUUUAAACCUUACGAGGAACAGUUCUUACCUGUUCAAUUCUUCCAGUCGGAGCGAGUUUCUUAAGCAGGUGCUCGAUAGUGGCGAAAGCCCCAGUGAUGAACAUAAACCUAACGGCGUGAAACAGUUUUUGUACCAUUCGGACGGUGUGAGUGGUACCAAAGAUUCGGACAACGGUGUAGUGGACAGUGAAAAAUGUUGUGAAAGUGAAGAAAACUGUGAUAGUUAUAAUCAAAAACCUUUGGGUAGUUACUUACAUAGUUCGCACGGGAUUGCUUCGAGGACGCCUGUGGGAAGGAAGAACAUGGGAAAAUAUUUACAGGUUCCAAGUGAAAGUAGUGUGGGCACAAGCAGCACGGCUUCCUCAGAAGUUUCCCGACCAGUAUCAUUGACCAGUUUAGGUUCUUGCUCUUCCAGUGGAAGUAGUGGGCAUCAUCAAGCUGGAUCUGCGUAUUUAGCGUCAGCAGAGAGUUUGGACAGCGAUCCAGAGCCUACAGGAAGUCAGGGAUCAGCGGAUAGUGGCAUCGCUGAACAAGAACAGCCAACUAUAAGCCCAGAGUCCAGGGUUCUACAAGAAGUUUUAGAGACUGAAACUGUGUACGUCGAGGACUUACAUGAAGUCAUUACGGGAUAUUUGGAACCCUGGAAAUCGGACCCGGAAUGUCCCCUUGCUCAGCAUUUGUCGCAUCUCUUCAGCAACUUGGAAACGAUAUACAAAUUCAACAGGAAAUUCUUAGAGGAUUUGAAAGAAGCUGAAGGGGAAGCGACGAAAACAGCAAACUGCUUCCUUCACCACGACUCAGGUUUUUCCGUUUACAACGAAUACUGCCAAAACUACCCCACGACGAUGGAAGUUUUAGGACAGUUAACCAGGGACGAAAAAAUGGCUGCUCUUUUCAGGGAAAAACAAAUAGCUUUAGGACACGCCUUACCUCUAGGAUCGUAUUUAUUGAAACCAGUGCAAAGAAUACUUAAAUAUCACCUCCUGUUACAGCGACUGUCCAAGCAAUGCGACCCCCUACACAAACCAGCAGUGGACUUAGCUUUAACGACCAUGACUGGCAUAGCUUCUGAUAUCAACAACAUGAAACGGAAGCACGAACAUGCUGUUCGAGUGCAAGAAAUCCAAGCUCAAUUAUACGGUUGGAACGGACCAGAUCUCACUGCCUUGGGGGAACUCAUAGCUGAAGGGACGUUCAGAGUCGUUGGAGCGAGAGGUCGAAGACACGUUUUUCUGUUUGAAAAGGUUUUGCUGUUGGCGAAAAACAAGCAAGGUGGAGCUCUGGCGUACAAAAGCCAUAUUAUGACCAACAACUUGAUGUUGGUGGAACAAGUACGAGGAGAACCUUUAUCUUUCCAAGUAAUUCCAUUCGAUAACCCUCGAUUACAGUCCACGUUAAAAGCUAGAUCGCCUCAACAUAAACGAGAAUGGACCUUGCAAAUAAAGAGGGUCAUUUUAGAAAACUACUCAGCCGUCAUUCCAAACCACGCCAGGCAGUUGGUCUUGCAGCUUGGCCAGGAUCUCCAUGAAACUGAAGAUGUGAACAACGACAAAUGGUCACCUCUAAAACAAAACUCAACCCCCCAUUAUUUAGAACGCAGAAGCAGGGUGAGAAAAACCCGAGAUUUCAGCAACAGAAGAGCCGCCUCUCAAGACCGCACAUUCCCUACAUUAGCAAAUUGGAGAAGAAAGUCUGAACCGAGCAUGGUACCCCAAUAUAACCCCAAAAAAGCUGUGAAAGUCAAGAAACACAAGGAAUCUCAAAGUGCCACCUUUUACACGGAUUUGUCUGACUCAGAAAACUGCGCUGAUGAAUCUUUGGAGAAUAUACAGCAGAAUUUGAGUGAGAAUACCGCUGAAGAACUGAAAGAGGAGGAAAGGACUGACUGUGUUAACAAUAAUUUGGAACAAAUCGUGUCUGAUAUUCUUAUGCAAAAUCAAAAUUUUCACAAAGCAUUCAAUAGACAAACAGGAAGAAAGGCCGUCACGAACGACCCAUCUUCUGUUUGGUGCGAAGAAAAAGUAAAAUUGCCCACGAAAGCGGAUUCAUUACCAAGAUCCUUCCAGUUGUAUGAUCAACCCGAUUCGACCAAUGGAGUAGAGUGCAAAAAUGAAAGACUAGUGCUGGACAUGUCAUUGAAAGAGAACCCCGAUUUUGAUGUUGAAGAGCAGCAAGAAAAUGAUCUCUCUUCUCAAUUAGAUGACACCGAGCAUCCUGAUCAUAAAAUUUACAGAAAAAGUACGAUACGCUUCAGUAUUUUGCAACGAAUCCGGCAUAUCAUGUCAGAAGAGCAGAAAAGAAUCCAAAAAUACCCGAUCCGCAAGCAAGGGUCUAAAAGCAUGGGCGAGAAAAUUGCACAUCCUGACUAUGUAGAUCCUCAAAAACUUUUUUUAGGUUCAGCCAGUUGCAGUCAGAUAGAUCUCUCGCAAGACAAAAACGAAGAAAGUGAUAUCCUUGGAGAACCGGAACAGCUUGAUCUGUCAAUAAACGAGAAAGACGUACUUAACGAGUGGGAAAAGAGGUUGAACGGUGGCACCACAGUUUCUGAUACAGGCCAGGAUCAUAACUCUAGUCACAGCUUCAUUUCUAGUCAAAGUUCGGAUAGCUAUUACGAGAAGAUCCUGGACGAUUCCUUGAAAGAGGAGUACAUCAAGGAUUCCACUGGGAAAUUGGUAGCAAAGCAGGACUCUUUUAGCAGCAACGAGGACAGAUCCAGCUUAAACCAAAAAUUCUUAUUGGACAGAAGACCAAUGGUCAAAAGGCCGACCAAAGCGCCUCCACCUAUACCUCAAAAACCUUCAGGACUAAGCCUCAACGCAGGUCCAGUCAAAAUCCUUACGGAGAAGAUCAGUACCAAGACUGUAAUUAAGGAGACCACCGCUAAUGGUAGCACCGUUACGGAAAACGUUAGUACUACCACCACUUCAAGUACGAAUUCCAGUUGGGUAAAAGCGAUGGUGGGGAGGUUCGAAUGAUUAAAGGAGUAGAUUUAAUUGGUUGGUGGUUAAAUUUCGGAACCAAUAAGGGAUGUAAUAUCAUAAAAUUAGAUGGUAGUACAAAUUUUAUUGAACGUACAUAGUGAUAGUUCAGAUUUAGUAGAAAAAUGAAUGGUCGAUAUAUUAGCAAUUUGACAAUAUGAUGAUAAAUGAGAAAGAUAUGGUCCAAUUCAAAUAAUAGGGCUUUUUAUUCACAGUCAUUUGUUUCGAGCUUCUGUCAAAUUUCGUAUAAUCCGUGUAUAUUAAUAUUAUACACAGAUUAUACAACAUAUGACACAAGCUCGAAACAAUCGUUGAAAAGCCCUAUUAGGCGUGCACGUCAUUGAUUUAAUGACAUCAUAACCCAAUGGUAUAAACUUAACGGCAAACAAGUUCAUCACAUUUUCCCUCAUAUAAUAGUUUUUUCGCUACUUUCAAGUUUAGCAGUAAAGCGCUGUUGCCAAAUAAAAAAAACAUUUAUUUACCACAGCAGCUACUGGCUGUACUGUUUUUCUUUGGCUUUAAGAGUAUGAAAUAAAGAUAACUAUCUAUACUAUAAAUGUCAAACUCAUGUUGUCCUGUAGAAGGUUAUGUAAGAUUUUUUGUUUAUAAAUAGAUGUGAAGUUAGUUAAAAUAUAAAAUGUCCUAUGAAACUGUCUACACACUAAAUUCUGUUAGGUACUUUAGUUUCUCUAUUUGAUUUUGAUUCAAAUUGUUGGAUAUUUUAAUUGAAUUGUAUUAAAACAAUAAUAUAUCUGCAUUUAGCAAUAAUAUGUUGACAUUAUAUUUAACCUCCAAUAUUAUGACAGAUGUCAGUUACCAUUUAUAAUCUCAGAAAAUGUAAUAAUGACGUCAUAUAAACUCGUCACUAACUCUAGCCAAUGAAAUGCUAGCUGUAAUAGACGGCAUGUCUAAAACGCCCUAUAUAUUUUUUAAAAUUUAGAAUAUGGCAACAAGGGGAAAAUUACGUGCAACCCUUAUUGUUUGACUUUUUCUUUACUUGUACUGUGUCAAAAAAAUAUUUUUUACAAAUAGAAAUACGCAUAUAGCGCGAAAUUUAAAAUUACAAGUAUAUUAGGUAAAAUACAAAUAGUAUCAGCAAAUUUUUACUCGUUUUUUUUUAUCAAACAUUCUCUCAUGCUUUCUUUCGUCUCAUCGUCCUUUUUUCUAAAUGACAAUAUGAUGAUUCCAUUAUAUAGUCCAUUCGCUCAGCUUGGGAAUAUUUUAACAGAUUCAUUGUCGGAAACCUACAGCACAAAAAUUCCUAAAGUUGCAGACUUUUUAUUGAAAAAAAAAAAUGAUGAACGUGCAUACUAGAAGUGUAUACCUACUUAUGAAUUUUCACUAAAACUUUCCUUUAUACUACUGUAUAAUCGAUUAUAAAAUAUUAAAAAGUAAAAGAUGGUUUUGCUUGCUUCCGAUUCAGAGGGAUGCACAAUCGCUGGACAGCUGUUUCUGCCAUUGCAGGCUUCCUCAGCAGCGCUAGCGUGCACACCUCUGAAUGGAAAACCAGCUAGCCCAUCUAUUUAAGGGAAAUUUCAAAGAUCAUUGAAAUCUCCAUUGGGACGCAAUCCAGCGACAUCUCUUAAACAAACUGAAAAUUCUCAGAUGCAGUAUUCACCCUUAUAAUAAAAAUAACGUAAAUAUAGAAACGUAAAAGAUGGUUUUGCUUGCUUUCGAUUCAGAGGGAUGCACAAUCGCUGGACAGCUUUUUCUGCCAUUGCAGGGUCCCUCAACAUGUGCACGUUAACGCGUUAGAAAUAUGCCGUUUUGAACAUAUUUCUCUCAGUUCCUACCGUUUAAAAUGUAUACCUAAGUUAAAUUCUUUCCUAUACUGUAUAUGAUAAUACAUAGAUAAUAGCUGAAACAGUGAAAAGGUGAAGUUAAAUCUAGUUAAUAAUACUUUUUAAAGUGGAAUUAAGACAAUAACGUUUUCACAGUACAAUGCCAUGACAUUUAAAUUGUAGGUAUUGAUAAUUAUUUUGGGUUUAGUGUAAAAUUAUGAAUGCUAGCCUUAAAAUAGAGUUAGAAGACUUUGAAUUUAUGUCAACAGUAUCCUAAGUGUUAAGACAAUAAAAUAUACACUGCGACAAUAAUAAUAUUACGCAUUGUAAGUAUUGUGGUAAACAAUAGAAAACACAAUAAUUCAUCUGUGUAUAAGUCAUUAAAUAUCAUGUUAAAAUAAGUGUUUUGGCUAAUUAUUAUUAAUUGCUUGUAUAAAACUAAUGACCAAAGAACUCAACAUAUAUAUUUAGAUAAAAACUACAGAGUCGAAAUAUAUAUCACAAAAUAAGCCAUAUCAAAAUAGUCAUCCCUUAAAACACAAAAUAGAAGUCAUAACCACCAACCAGUUAAAUUAAUAUUUACGUUCUUUUGUGCUAUAUUGUGGCUGUUGUUAAAUGACGAUAUGAAUUUAUCGUUACAAAUAUUUUUCAAUAUUGAAAUGUGUUCUUAUAGUUCAACGUGUUCCAGAGAAAAUGUAUGUUAGAGAUUAAUUUUCAAAGAUUGUUAGACAAAAACGUCAAUAUACUAAUAUUUCUCUUUAAUGUUAAAUAAAAAAAUCCUGAUAUAGAUGUUCAAUUAUCACUAAUAACGAGUGUAAGAAGCGGUAUAAUUCAGCAGUGAUCAUUUUUGUUCCAUCGAUCUUUCGACGCCUCCCAUGGAGUCAUCUUAAGAAAAUGGUUUUGCACUAGGGAAUUAAGUUGCUGAUGCCUCAAUCCAUAUCAUUACCACUCGUCAGAUAAUCGUAUUCAUGAAAUGAUGUCAUCAAGUGGUUGUUCAUUUCCAUUGUAUUUUUAUAGGAGACAUUGAUACAGUUGGUUGUUACUAAAUAAAUAUAUAAAGCUGUUAAUUUUCUCGUUUUCUGUAGAUCGCAUCCAGUUUAUUCUUCCCCUGUAGAUUUUUCAUAAUUGUUCUACAAACAUCUAAUGCUACAAAGACUUCUCUUUAAUUUAAUAAUAAAUUAAAUUAAAUAAGAGAGAUAUGAAAUAAAACAACUUUUGUGCAUUUCUUAUUUUUCUUCUGCAGAGUUUAUGUUUCACAGUUAUGAGUCAAGAUCGGUUUAAUUACAGCCUUGUCAGUUGUAUUUUGCAAUACUAUUAAUUAUCAUAUUUUGCAAUACUAUUAAUAAGUGUAGUGUCAUCAGCAAAUCUUAAAUUUGAGAUUUUUCUACCAGCCACCGUUACUGCACCGAUCCAUCUUUCUAAAACCAUCCUCAUGGCAUGUUCACCAUACGUCUUGAAUAAGUCAGUUCAUAAAACACAUACUUCUUGUCCAAACCCUCCAAACUGUCCAUUGGUAGAAUUGGAAGUAUUUCAUCAUCUUGAUGUGCAUAUCCGUGACGAAUGGUGGCGAUCAUAAUGGCAAUCUUUAUCUUAUCUGCAGCAGCGCGGAAAAGCUGCACAGAUGUGUUGAACCAGGUUCUAAGCUUGUUUAACCUUCAUCGGAGGGGACUCAAAAUAUUACACAAAAGACGGGCUGGGGUCUGAACGGACCCCAGCGAAUAGCCGAACUACACCUAUACGAAAAAAAAAUGUAACAAUAAGACUAUAUUUUUAUACUAUUGAACAUUUAUUAGACUAAAGCAUACAUAUUAGUACAAAAAUACAUUAAGUCCAGUCGGGUUAGACGAAUAACAGGCCUAACCUUGAAUUAGGAGCUGCCCAAAUUUUAUUUUUCUAAUCUUUAGAGGGGGUCAAUAGUAGUGUAAAUUUAAAAUCUCGACUGAAUUCCGCGGUUGCAUUAGCCGCCAUAUUGAUUUUAAAGGAGAACCGUUGUUGCUUAAUAUCUUCGCCAUUUUCAACUUUUCGACCAAAACGGUAGGAACUAAAAUUGUUGGAAAAGUAAUUUCCUACAAUUUCUUUUCGACAAUUUUUUUAUGUGAUCAAUAUUCUCCGAGUUAAGGGGGAACAUAGUGGAAGCGGAAGGGAAACAUAAUUAUUGAAUUGUCUCAUUUGUUAUUAACUUUACGACAUAAUUGUACAUAAACAAAAAUAAAGUGAAUUAUAUUUUAUACAAUUUUUAAAACUUCCAAUGAAACACCAACCAAACUAAGCACAUAAAAGACAAAAAAUAACUUAUAUGCAUUAAGUUCACUUAAUUUUAUUAACUAGCUGGUUUUAUUGGUUGAAUUUGUCUGUCGAUAAUUAAGUUUCAUGUCAGCUAUGUAUUUCAACCAUUUUUUUUAAUUUUGGACCCUUUUGGGGGGAAUUUUUCCAUUCCCCCCUCCUCGUAGACCCGCCACUGGUUGUUUCGAAAAAUUGUAGUAAAUCGUAAUUGCAAUAAUUUCAGUCCUUACACUUUUUGUCGAAAAAUUGAAAAUGGCGGAGAUAUUGAACAAAAACAAUUGCUAGAAAAUCAAUCAGGUCUUAAGCUCGCGCCUUAACCGCAUACGUACUACCUUAAAUAUUGAUUUUAUCAAAAAAAUGAAAGAGAUCAAAAUUGUACAAAAUUAAAUUCUCUUCAUUAUUGUAUAGAUUCAAAUUUGUUAUAAAACUAAUAGUAAACGAGAUAAUUCGAUAAAUCAAUAAUUAUGAUCUAACUGUCACUAUUUUUUCCCCAUAACUCGGAAAAUAUCCACCGCACGAAAGAAAUUAUAAUAAACGAAAUUAUAGAAAAUUUCAUUUUCAACAAUUUCAGUUUCUACACUUUUUGUCGAAAAGUUGAAAAUGGCGGAGAUAUUGAACAAAAACGGUUCUCGUUUAAAAUCAAGAUAGCGGCUAACGCAACGGUCAAUUCAGUCGAGAUUUUAAAUUUAUGCUACUAUUGACCCCCUAAACAUUAGAAAAAUAAAAUUUGGGGCAGCUCGUAAUGCAAGGUCAAAUGGUAUCCCGACUGGGCUAAUUCUACUGAGUGAUACUAACAGACUAAGUAACAACUACAUACUAUUUGUACAAUGUACAGAAACUGUCUCUGAUUUCGCGUAUUCUAGGCCUAAAAAAUUAUUACACUUUACUCACAGAAGUAAAAAGCUUCAAUUUGUAUACUGGUAUAAAAUAGUUUAUUAAAAAACUUCUUAAAAUGUCAUCCAAAUGGAUUGCAAAACGUUUUCAAUCUAAAUUAGAUCAUCUUCAGUGCCUAGAAUGAAGUAUUUCCACGUUAGAUUAAAGCAAAAGGUUUAAAUUGCGACUGUUGAUUAUAGAAAAAACAUGUGGAGAGUACUUACAUUCUGCUGAGUAGAUGAAACUAUUCACACUAUUAAAAGUGGUAACCUCAAAAUGUAUGGUUUUAUAUAAUUUCUUCCUUCUUAUUAAUCUUAUCAGUUGAAUUAGUUGAGUUGAAUUGAGUCAAGCUGAAUUUCAUUUUUUCAGAUUAUAAGGUCUCUUACUAUAUGACCGAAAUAUCUCGUAAUUCUCUGUAUAAUUUCUUCCUUCUUAUUAAUCUUAUCAGUUGAAUUAGUUGAGUCGAGUUGAAUUUGAAUUUGACCAUUGUUUUGUAGUUAAAAAAUUAUUACAAAAACUGAAAAUUGUAUUAUAUAUCUCAAGAAUAUUCUGUGGAACACCUUGGACGCAUAUAUUUAUAUAUUAUACGUUAUAAUAACGGGCUUAAAAUGGACAUUUUCUCUGAGUAUUAAUAUUAUAAUAUCUGAAGUUUCGCACAAUUUUAAAAUAUUAAAUAAAUAAAGAUUAUUGUACAUAAUAGUUAAAAAUAUUAUAAUGACGUUGAAAGUUUUUGAAUGUUUACUUAAAAAGUGUAACUGUGUACAGUUAAAAUGUGCCAAAUGAGACUAUGUUUUAACUUUUGAAUGACUAUUUAACUUAUUGUUGAUUAUAUAAGUACUAAUAUUUUGUAAAAAUGUUUGAGAAUCAAUAAAUAUACUUUAUUAUUCGA